CGUUCUCUUGCCUCAGUCUCCUCGAUCUCCAAACAGUUCUUGAAGUAAUAUACUAGUUCUGUAUACUUCUAGCUAGAUUCUUUAUAUCUGUGGUUAAUCGCUUCUGUAUCGCUUCUGUAUAGUUAGCAGUACACAGUACUAGCUAGCUGCACCAGUUUACCACGGUGACUUUUUCUUUGCUCAACCGUGGCGCCUCCACAAGUGCAUGGAUCGUAUCGACCGGCCCGCCUUGUUCUUGCAUCAGUUCCUCUCUUCCGUACACACACCGACACGGAGAGGGAGAGGGAGAGAGAGAGAGAGAAACACGGAGAGAGAAAGAGAGGAGGCAGCCAUGGAGACGACGGCGCAUGUAUGGCGUAUGCGGCGUAAUGCACGUACGUGUCAGUAGGCGCAGGCGCAGUGAGCCGAGUCUCGGUUGGCGCGCGUCCUUUCGGCACAGCUGGCCCUGGGGUGGACGGAUAUCCGGCUACGUCCGCGGCCCGAUUGAUUAGACGUGACCAGGCGUGAUUAGUCGUCUCUAAAGAGAAUUUAAUUGGCUCGCCGAGAGGUACUAAUUACGUCGCGACGAGGAGGGUACGAGCGUAUUAAAGGCUGCUAGUACAUACAGUACUUUAGUUGGCAGCUACCAGUAGCAAUAAGAACAGCACUCUUUCGCAAUUGCGAGACGGUGGAAACAUUGAUGAAGUGGUUUAGGACUUUGCGUCAAGGGGGUAAAUAGGGAGCAGCGAGAAAAAGGGGACUGAAAUUGGAAACAACCUAGUGCUACUGGACAAAUUCAUCAAUCAUGCAUGGUUUCUGCUGUGGAACCAGGGUGAAGAGAUAGCGAACAGGAGCAGGAGAUGAUGAUGGCUGAAGUGGCCAAUCACAGCAAAAGGAACCACACCGACAGCUACUUCAGUGGCAAAGCCGUCACCACCACCAGCUCAGAGGAAUUCGGAAGCAUGAGCUCCAAGAAGCCGAGGAAUACGAGCCCAAGAACCGCUCCCAUAUCACCAAGGGAGAAGAAGGACAAGAUUGGUGAGAGAGUGGCAGCGCUUCAGCAGCUCGUGUCACCAUUUGGAAAGACGGAUACAGCUUCUGUUCUGCAUGAGGCCUCGGGCUACAUCAAGUUCCUGCACCAGCAACUCGAGGUCCUGAGCUCCCCCUACAUGCGUGCUCCUCCGGCUGCUGGCGCUGCGCCCGAGGAUCCCGACCACUACAGUCUUCGGAACCGUGGCCUGUGCCUGGCGCCGGUGGACCUGACGCUGCAGCUGACCCAGAGCAAUGGGGCCGACCUGUGGGCGCCGGCGAACACGACCAGGCGCAGGUGAGGAGAAGUCCGCCUCAUUAGGAGCCAAGAACCGGGGUUUGGUCUGGACUCUGGAGGAAGUACUGCGUGUGCCGGGUGUAGAAUCACAAAUGCCUGAGCCUGACCCAAUUCAAUCUCCUAACAAGAAACCAAGCAAGCAUCCCUCUCAGCUUGUAUUAUAGUGACCUGUCUGUCUGUCUGAUCUCCCUUUAGCGCCGGGCAUAUAUGUAUGAUUACAAAUGGUGAGAAACUGCGCCUCUAUGUGAUAUGUAACUAUGUGUUUAGUAACAUGUUAGCAACCUAUUGCUGUCAGCAACUAAAGCAGCACCGAAGCAGUUCCUCAAGAUGCCCAGUUUUAUAUUACUGCAGUAGUUAUCAGGAUCAUGAUCCUAGUAGGAUCGUUUUUAUGCUUGACAGGAUGGGAUGGUAGAAUCAUGAUUCUAUCAGAUUUUAAAAAAUACAUAUAUUUU